AUGCGGCUUCACGGCGCCUUUUGGGGGGGGAGCGGGGGGAGGUUUGCGUGGCAGCAGCAGCAGCAGCAGCAGCAGCAGCAGCAGCAGCAGCAGCAGCAGCAGCAGCAGCAGCAGCAGCAGCAGCAGCAGCAGCAGCAGCAGCAGCAGCAGCAGCAGCAGCAGCAGCAGCAGCAGCAGCAGCAGCAGCAGCAGCAGCAGCGAGCUACCAACGUUGUGUCCUGCACGAAGCGGCACCAUGAAACACAGCCUAGGGUAGGCGCGCGGCGUAACAGCUUGAUGAGAGCCGCCCAUGCCCCCGCCUUCCCGAAAAUUAGCCGCGUCCUCCCACCGAUGAGUGAUGUGAACAUGUCUGGCCGCGAGUGCGUGCCGCGGAUGACGAGGAUGAGGGAGCGCGUGUCGCGGUCCAGCAGGAUGGCAAAGGCGGGGCGCAGCAGGCCCGCGGUGGGGCUGUGGAACAGCACGUCAGACUCAACUGGGCGGACACAGCAGGGAGGGGGGUAG